AUGGCUCCUCCCACUGAAACCGAUGUCUUGAUUGUUGGCGCCGGCCCUGCCGGCAUGUCUGCUGCGCUGUCUCUUCACAAGAACGGUGUCAAGAACAUCACCAUCGUUGAUGCCACGGAGCAGGGUGUUCACUUCUCGCGCGCCAUGGUUAUCCACGCUGCUACGCUGGAGAAAUUGGACACAAUUGGCGUAGCCGAGAAGAUGAUUGAGCUCGGGGAGAAAGUUCCAAUCAUGUCAUACUAUGACCGAAAGUCACUUCUGAUCAACGUCGAGUUCUCCGCCCUUCACCCAUACACCCGAUUCCCCUUCUAUGUUCUUUUGCCCCAGAACAAGACGGAGGAGGUCCUCGCAGACAAACUCGUUUCCGAGGGUAUCCAUGUACACCGUCCUUACAAAGCCAAGAGCAUGCAAAAGGGCACUGAUAGCAAGGGGUAUACCACUGUCAUAUUUGAAGACGGAGCAAGCAUUCGUGCACGAUACGUCAUUGGUGCUGAUGGGUCGCAGUCAGUGAUUCGCCAGCAAGCAGGAAUCGAUUUUGGAGACCCGGACGGUGAUAGUGACGAGGCUGGAACUCUUGCCCAGAUGGUUAUCUGCGACGUCACUUUCUCUAAGCCACCUACAAUUGCGGGCCAUAACAUCCUGUUCGCUCUCUCAACAAACAACUUCUUCGUGUUCUCCCCUCUGCCCUAUCCCGAAAGAAAGGCGUCGCAUGACCCAUCGAAGAGUGGUAUUUAUCGUAUCGCAAGUGGUGUUCCGAUAGCCGAAGGCGUACCGCCCGCAAACACCACGAAAGAAUACGUCCAGGAUCUUAUCAACCGCUUCGGACCAUUGAGGAUGUCAUCGGAUCCUGCUGUAAACGAGAAACCAUUCGAAGUCGAAGAGCUCGUGUGGUACACCCGUUUCCGCACCCGCAGCGCAAUCGCCUCUCGUUUCUGGACUCGUUUCUCUGGUUCCCGCAAUGAACUCGGCGGCAUGAUCAACCUUAUCGGUGAUGCAGCCCACAUACACCCACCGGCUGGAGGUCAAGGCAUGAACCUCGGUCUACGAGACGCCAUCACUAUCGGACCCACCAUCGCUGAGCACAUGACCCACGACUCUCAUCCCGAUAGCAUCAUUGAGUCGUACGCCAAUCUCCGCCGCGAAAGGGCUCUCAGAGUCAUCAACAUUGCGAAAACGAUGGCCAGCACCGUCGGGAUGUCAAUUAGAGCGAGCGAGUACCAUCCUUGGCUCCCAUUCAUCAAACUGAACACUAUCAGAGACUGGGUUUUGUGGACGAUUGGGAAGUCGUACUACGUGAGGAGGAAGUUGGCGUAUGACUUUAGUGGUCUCGGUGCUCCUUAG